AAUAUUUAAAUAUUUUUCCAAACAAUCCCCUAAAUAUAUUUCAAGGUACCUCUAAUUUUCUAGUAAAAACUCUCAGGUUCAAACUUCUUAACAACUCCAAUGGGGAGUCUAAAAAAUUACCUCGUAAAAGGGGAAACACUUGAUAAUCAUUAUAUAGCCAAAAAUUUCUCAAUUGACUCAUACAGACAAAGCAAUCAAAAUGGCUUGACCAUAGCCUUCAUGAUAUGGAGGAUAAGGUGCAAUACAUGUUGAAGCUGAUAGAACAAGAAGGAGACUCUUUUGCCAAAAGAGCGGAAAUGUAUUACAAAAGAAGACCGGAGCUUAUAAGCUCUGUGGAAGAAGCUUAUCGCGCCUUUCGUGCUUUAGCCGAAAGGUACGAUAAGCUGUCCAAAGAUUUGCACACUGCCAACCACACCAUCGCCAUUGUCUUCCCCGAACAAAUCCAGCUGGCAAUGGACGAAGACGAAGACGACUUUGGUUCACCUAAGCUCUCAAAGAAUCUCCAUGAUUCUUCUAGAAUCCCAAAGGUACUCUCAGGGUUUCAAAUGGAUCCCAAGAAUUUCCAAGAACCUGGCAGCCCAAAGUACCCAAAGGCAGCAAAGAAGGCAUCCUUGAACAAGAGUCUAUCUAAAACAGAAGCUCUCGAGGAGAUUGAGAAGCUCCAGAAUGAAAUAGGCUCGCUCCAAACCGUGAAAGAGAUCGUGAGGAGUUCAUACGAAAGCGGGCUUUCAAGAUUUCAGGAGAUUGAGAAACAAGUCGUGGAAAUGCAGGAGAGACUUUGCAGUCUGCAAGCUGAAUUUGGCUCGGCAACGGAUGUCGAAAAACCAGAAACCUCUUUAAGAUCAGUCAAAGAGAGUUUGGGUCAGUUGCAGGAGAAACAAGAGAAAUGUGUGAGAGAUUUUAAAGAAGAAUCCCAAAAGAUUGAAGAUGCAGAGAAGAAGCUGAAAUCUCUGAAAUCUGGUGAGUCUGUUGUUCAGAGUAAUGAUCAAAUUGUGAAAUCUGAAGAUGGAGGAAACUUAAAGGAAGAGGAAUCUGCAACAGUUAAUCAACUGACAAUGAAGAUUGAUGAGCUUGUGAACAAAGUGCUGAACUUGGAGAUCACAAUGACUUCCCAGGCUGAGAUAAUUGACAGAUUGAGAACUGAGUCUAAUGAUCUUCAUGAAAAAAUAAGAAUCUUGGAAGGCGAAAAAGCGAAUCUAACCUUGGAUAAACAAAAUCUGAGCAUCAGAGUGGAAGAACUGGAAGAGCAGCUGCAGAAGCUUCAAAACCUACACAGAGAUGUUGAGAAACAAAGCACAAACAUUCAAUCUCAACUAACAGAAGCCCUUUCUUGCUAUGAUCUUUUGUCUGAGAAACUGAGAAAAGAUACCCAGACAGUGAAACGUGUCACAUUUGCAGAUACAAAGGAAUUUGAAGAUUCAACCCAAGAAACCCUAGAUUCAAGCUGGGAAAAAGAUGAGAAAUUUAACUGGCAGAGGAUGCUAUUGGAUGGAAUGGAGGACAAAGAACAAGUCUUGCUGAAAGAAUACAUAGCACUCCUCAAAAGCUACAAAGAUCUGAAGAAGAAAUUGGACGAUGGGGAUGUGCAGUCUGAAAUCGCAGUGGAGAUGAAAGAUUUGAAAAAUGCCAUUGCAAGAAAGGAUGAAGAGAUUCUUUAUCUGCAGCAAAAAUUGAAUCUUUUUCAGGGAUUUUCAGAGGGAAAGAAGAUGAAUUGGCCUGAAAGUGUUGAAAAAAAGAGCUCAAAAUCAAAGGACAGAAAUGGAAUACCUUUGAGGGAAUUCAUAUUUGGAACCAAACCAAAGAAGCAGAAAACUUCUGUCUUUUCUUGCAUCCAAAGCAAGAAAUAUCAAACCUUGAAAGCUGGGGGGCAUUCAUAGAUCUUCAGUUCUUGCUGUCUUUUCCUUCUGAUUUUCAAACUUUCCAAUUAAUUAUUAUGGAAGAUCACUAAAAACUCUAAUCAAUACUCUCAUAAUUA